GCAACCGGUCCCCAUUCCAAACACUGCAAGACUUGAGGUACGUUUAGACAUGCUGAAGUGCAGUGUGCGAGCGUGUCAACGGAAGGUGAGAAGGGUCUGCUGUCUCAUUGACAUCAUUAAAAGGCGGAUAAUGAGCAGGCAGUGUGAAUGGCUCUAGAUUCCCCAUUGACCAGUUAGUGGGAGGCGACUGUUGACUUAUUUGUAGGCCGAGCAGACGUGGACCAAAAUAGACACAGCUGUAAACGGAUUGACAUGAGGGUAUAUAUAUAUUCCACUGACAACAGUUGCGAUGUUUCAAUAUAACCAGAUAUAUUUACAGGUAAGUCGGGGAUAAUACCCCACAAGUCAGGAACACAUAAUGUGGAAUAAUGAAAAGCAUAAUUGAUUAAACUAAUAUUUAAUAAAUUUACAUGAAUCAGCUAAGGAACGGGAAAUGGACUUUAAUGUAAAAUUUCAGCACAUUAAAACAAAAGAUUUUUCAUCGUUGUUUCUCUUUAAACCUGGUCGAAACAAAUCAAGUAUGUUAUUCCCGUUUGGAACUAAAGCUCCAAAUUCGAUAUGAAUAGUGUUGAUUAAAUAGAGACUUUGAGCAUGUAUUCCUUUUAUUUCAGAACACAAUAACCUUCACAUUUGAAAAAAAAUAACCUGUAACAUUUUCAGAAAAACUAUCGUCAGACACGGACGCCUGUCCUGCUGACCUCUUGUACAUCCUGAUAAUAUACUUUCCCUAUUAAAUUGAUUAUUCUCUAGUUAUCCUGAUAAUUUCAUCUCUAACACUUGGGCUAUGAAAGACAGUUUCUCGGAGAAUGAAACAAACAUCUUUAAUUAAUUUGUUUUUGUAAUUUUAACAAUUUCCUUUUUUCUUGAUGUUCCAUGAAAUUUGAUGCAAGAAUUUAUUUUAGUCCUUAUGCAAAAGGGAUGUGUAAACAAUGAAUUAUGGCCAAAAACAUACAGCGAAUAAAACUACUCUGAGUACUAUUAUAAACAGAGAUAAUUUAAAACAUAUUUUCCGAAUACACGACCCAUGUUGUUAAUACGAAUAUAAUCCCUCAAUUGUCGCUGAUGUAUCCUACAUUUGAUUAUUUCCCGCCAGUGACAGCAAGACACACCAGGGUCUGGAAGCUUUCAAAGGCUGGUGCUGGGACGUUACACAAUGGAGGAUCGAACCAUCUUUACAAUUAUUACCGUGGCAAUAGUCUCUCAGUGCAUUCUCGCAAAUGUAGAGUAUUUGAGCGGAGACAAGCGUGGUGAGUUCUGUUCUUGCUAAUCUGCAGUACUUGUAUAGAGUGUGGUUCUUUCUAUCCAAUCUUUUGAGGAGUAUUUAAUUUUGUAUAGCGCAUAGUGAGAUAAGAUCUCGGUAGUGUUACCUAGUUGUUUAAAGCCUGGUGCGAUGAGAUAUUGGUAAUGUCCUCUACUUGUAUAGAGCUAAGUUCUAUAAGAGAUCUCGGUACCGUCCACACGCUGAUUGAGACCAAAGCAAGGUAAGUUCUUUCGAAGGCCGACAGCAAUAAAAUAAAGAACAAGAAUGAAGAUAGCUGUUUAGAGAUGGCGAUGAUUGUUACCUUCCUUGAGCAUGGACGACAUAUUGAAAUUUUCAAAUACAUUACACGAUAAGUAAAGGCAAACCUUUUUGGACAAUUCUAUUUUUGAACAUUCCUUUAAUGAAACGAGCCGCCUAAUUGCAAUAGGAAAUAGAAGUAGAAGAACAAGGAACACGGAAGCUCGAAAAAGAAAGACAUGACAAUGAAAGGAGAACGUUUCGGCUAAGAGCUUUUCUCGAAAGACAAGGCAAAUUGAAAAAUAACAAGAAAUAGAAAGUAGUUUUAGUUAAACUUAAUUAUCUCCGUUAAUGUUAUAACGGGAAGUUUUUUCCAACGUAAUUUAACUGAAAUGUAACCGAAAAUACUAGUAAUGAUGCUUAAGCUUUUUAGUAUAUGUUGAUAGUAGUUUCCUUUCAUUAAAAAAAAAAAUAUUCGAUAAGAAAUACUAGAACUUUCACGAAUUCAAUGCUAAAAGAAAAUUUGUUUAGCGAGGGUUAAAAAAUGUAUUAAAUAAUUUCGCGAGUUUCCAUUAUAACCCAUUGUUUUAUACAUAAACUUUAAUUGAUAGGUAUGUGGCUUUGAUACGUAUGUGGCUUUGAUACGUAUGUGGCUUUAAUUGUUAGGUAUGUGGCUUUGAUACGUAUGUGGCUUUAAUUGAUAGGUAAGUGGCUUUGAUACGUAUGUGGCUUUAAUUGAUAGGUAAGUGGCUUUCUUUCAGCGGCAUAUAUUAUAUAACCAGUUCAAUUUUUAAAACACCCUUGUAUGACCAUGUAACCCUAAAGCCUGUCUACUAUCCACAGAAUACAACGCCCUCUGUCCUAAUAGCACGAGAUACGCUGUCGUAUCUCUACCUCCACAGUUGUGCGACGCUCGUGGUUACAUCAUGUGCUGGGAGGGUGAGUAAACAAUCUCUUGUCUCCGACACCAUCAAAUAGGCAAGACAAAAAUUUUUUAAAAACUAUUUAUAGUUAUCAUACAAAGGUGUAAGGUGCCUCCGGCAUCCUCGAUAUAAAGACCAGAAAGUUCAGCCGGUGUACCGUGGUUAUCUUUGAAGGCACGCCUUCAUACAAUCUAUAAUCUGUUAUUUAAAGACGUCCAGUGGGCAUUUUCGGGGCCUUUCACCCACCCACCAAUUCUCCACCCAAUCCACUUGUUAUAUCCAUUAUAACCCAACCACCUAUUCCAAAAUGACCUUUCUCCCUAACCCUUAAAAUCUAAGGCAUACCAACCAACAUUUACAUCCUCACCCCCCCCCAUACUACCAUCCCCCCAAACCCCACAAACCUCCCCCACAUCUUCGCUCCUUCCAUCUCCAGCACUCCAUACACACACUGAUUCCCACAACUGCUACACCUCACAUCCUCUCCCCACCCUCUUCACCUUCCAAAAAUGUUCUCAAUGUUUUUAUCUUAUUGUUUUCCCAUAUAUAAAUAGUGGUCGGCACAUACAUAUUGGAGCACGCUAUGAAAUGAUCAUUUCCACCUUGCAUUUUGAAUAGAUUUAUUUCAUAUUUUCACACAAAUCGGCCAUUUUUUCAAUUGUGACCUUCGCGUGAUAAUCUCCGAGAAGCUGAUGUAGAUUAAGCAUGUUUUGAUCAACAUGAAAUCGGCAGAAUCUAACAUCGUGAAAGCCAAUGAACUUCGGAGUCAAAGUGACAAUGUACUUCGGAGUGAAAGUGACAAUGUACUUCGGAGUGAAAGUAACAAUGUACUUCGGAGUGAAAGUGACAAUGUACUUUGGAGUGAAAGUGACAAUGUACUUCGGAGUCAAAGUGACAUAGCACUUCAGAGUGAAAGUGACAAUGUACAUCGGAGUGAAAGUGACAAUGAACUUCGAAGUGAAAGUGACAAUGUACUUCGGAGUGAAAGUGACAAUGUACUUCGGAGUGAAAGUGACAAUGAACUUCGGAUUGAAAGUGACAAUGUACUUUGGAGUGAAAGUGACAAUGUACUUUGGAGUGAAAGUGACAAUGAACUUCGGAGUGAAAGUGACAAUAUACUUCGGAGUGAAAGUUACAAUGUACUUCGGAGUGAAAGUGACAAUGUACUUCGGAGUGAAAGUGACAAUGAACUUCGGAUUGAAAGUGACAAUGAACUUCGGAAUGAAAGUGACAAUGUAUUUCGGAGUAAAAGUGACAAUGUCCUUCGAAGUCAAAGUGACAAUGUACCUCGGAGUGAAAGUGACAAUGUACUUUGGAGUGAAAGUGACAAUGUACUUCGGAGUCAAAGUGACAUAGCACUUCGGAGUGAAAGUGACAAUGUACAUCGGAGUGAAAGUGACAAUGUACUUCGGAGUGAAAGUGACAAUGAACGUCGGAUUGAAAGUGACAAUGAACUUCGGAGUGAAAGUGACAAUGAACUUUGGAGUGAAAGUGACAAUGUACUUCUGAGUGAAAGUGACAAUGUACUUCGGAGUGAAAGUGACAAUGUACUUCGGAGUGAAAGUGACAAUGUACUUCGGAGUGAAAGUGACAAUGUACUUCAGAGUCAAAGUGACAUUGCACUUCGGAGUGAAAGUGACAAUGUACUUCGGAAUGAAAGUGACAAUGUACUUCGGAAUGAAAGUGACAAUGUACUUCGGAGUUAAAGUGACAAUGUACUUCGGAGUGAAAGUUACAAUGUACUUUGGAGUGAAAGUGACAAUGUACUUCGGAGUGAAAGUGACAAUGUACUUCGGAGUGAAAGUGACAAUGUACUUCGGAAUGAAAGUUACAAUGUACUCCGGAUUGAAAGUAACAAUGUACUUUGGAGUGAAAGUGACAAUAUACUUCGGAGCGAAAGUGACAAUGUACUUUGGAGUCAAAGUGACAAUGUACUUCAGAGUGAAAGUGACAAUGUACUUCGGAGUGAAAGUGACAAUGUACUUCGGAUUGAAAGUGACAAUGUACUUCGGAUUGAAAGUGACAAUGUACUUCGGAUUGAAAGUGACAAUGUACUUCGGAUUGAAAGUGACAAUGUACUUCGGAGUGAAAGUUACAAUGUACUUCGGAGUGAAAGUGACAAUGUACUUCGGAGUCAAAGUUACAAUGUACUUCGGAGUCAAAGUGACAAUGUACUUCGGAAUCAAAGUGACAAUGUGCUUCGGAGUCAAAGUGACAAUGUACUUCGGAGUGAAAGUGACAAUGUACUUUGGAGUCAAAGUGACAAUGUACUUCGGAGUCAAAGUGACAAUGACUUAUAUCCUCUCGAAUAUCCUCCGAGUUAUUAUUUUUAAAAUUUGUGCCUUUAAGGUUUUUAUUUCACUUAUUUAUAUCAUCUUGACACACUUGCUUCAUCCUUUGCGAAUGUUCAUCGGCACGGCCCCCCCCCCCCAUCCAAUGCUUCCACCAUUGUAUUUUGAAUAUCCUCCGAGUUAUUAUUUUUAAAAUUUGUGCCUUUAAGGUUUUUAUUUCACUUAUUUAUAUCAUCUUGACACACUUGCUUCAUCCUUUGCGAAUGUUCAUCGGCACGGCCCCCCCCCCCAUCCAAUGCUUCCACCAUUGUAUUUGUGUAGCCAGCUGUUGGUCACAAGUCAUCCUAUGGUCAUCCAACAUUGCCCACAUCCAACAUCAGCACCAGCACCUACGCAAUCACUACGUUGAAGGCAAUAGGGUUGGUCAUUUAUAAGACCGGAAAACGUCACAUCGCUUUACGUAAUGUUACUAUUUUUAGACAACGUUUUUCGUAAAAUACGGCUUUUAACAAAGUACUUACGCAUAUAUAGAGCAGUAACAAUUUAUUUUUAAAAUAAUUCCUAAAAUACAGUCGUAAACACCUUUGUGUCUAAAUUAAGACUCACUUUGCUGGCUCACGUGAACUUAGAAGUACCGAACAGAUGUUGAGAGAUUGGCCAAACGGAAUACCAGGAUGUUGUACUCAUAUCUUUACGUCAUUUAAAGAGCUUGGUCAGACUGUUUGUCUGGAUGUUCUUUUAAUAAAUUUUCCGCCAUUAAAUGACAAACCCUAUACGUUUUAUAAUUUUAAAAAAACAUCUUUUUCUAGAACAAUUUCAUCAGCAGUAUUCCGCAGUAGCAGUUCAUUGCAAAAUAGUGUAAAAAUCAACAAAAUAUGAUCUGUGCUUGCAUCAUUACAUCAAUAUUUUACGUGUCUGCUUUGUAGUCGUUCCAUAUUUUAAUUUUAUUCCGAUGACGUCAUAGACCAUGGUGUGCUUGCACCUGCUUUAGAUUUUAUACUUUUUAUUCACUGGGAGGUAUAGUUGACACUACUUUCCAUUCACUGGGAGGUAUAGUUGACACUACUUUCCAUUCACUGGGAGGUAUAGUUGACACUACUUUCCAUUCACUGGGAGGUAUAGUUGACACUACUUUCCAUUCACUUGGAGGUAUAGUUGACACUACUUUCCAUUCACUGGGAGGUAUAGUUGACACUACUUUCCAUUCACUGGGAGAUAUAGCUGACACUACUUUCCAUUCACUGGGAGGUAUAGUUGACACUACUUUCCAUUCACUGGGAGAUAUAGCAGACAUUAUUUUUGACAGUUUUGAUUAAAGAUGACAAAUAUUCAACACUCUGCUAUCUAUGCCAUCUAUGCCAUCUAUGCCAUCUAUGCCAACUAUGCCAUCUAUACCAUCUAUGCCAUCUAUGCCAUCUAUGCCAUCUAUGCCAUCUAUGCCAUCUAUGCCAUCUAUGCCAUCCAUGGCAGCUAUCUCAUCUAUGCCAUCUAUGCCAUUUGUGUCCUCGAAAAUGCAAUUCACCAAAUUUUUGCAUUAUCAUCAUCAUUAAUUCAGACCUUUUGGUUAUCUCAAGGUUCUUUAACCAGUCUUUUCUCUCAAUAUCCUUUCACCACUCAUUUCUCUCAAUUUGUUUUAACCAGUAAUUUCUCUCAAGGUUCUUUAACCAGUCAUUUCUCUCAAUGUCCUUUAACCAGUCAUUUCUCUCAAUGUCCUUUAACCAGUCAUUUCUCUCAAUGUUCUUUAACCAGUCUUUUCUCUCACGGUUCUUUAACCAGUCUUUUCUCUCAAUAUCCUUUCACCAUUCAUUCCUCUAAAUUUUCUGUCACCACUCAUUUCUCUCAAUUUUUUUUAACCAGUAAUUUCUCUCAAGGUUCUUUAACCAGUCAUUUCUCUCAAUGUCCUUUAACCAGUCAUUUCUCUCAAUUUCCUUUAACCAGUCAUUUCUCUCAAUGUUCUUUAACCAGUCUUUUCUCUCACGGUUCUUUAACCAGUCAUUUCUCUCAAUAUCCUUUCACCAUUCAUUCCUCUAAAUUUUCUGUCACCACUCAUUUCUCUCAAUUUUUUUUAACCAGUAAUUUCUCUCAAGGUUCUUUAACCAGUCAUUUCUCUCAAUGUCCUUUAACCAGUCAUUUCUCUCAAUGUCCUUUAACCAGUCAUUUCUCUCAAUGUCCUUUAACCAAUCAUUUCUCUCAAUGUUCUUUAUCCAGUACUUUCUCUCAAUGUCCUUUAUCCAGUACUUUCUCUCAAGGUUCUUUAACCAGUCAUUUCUGUUGUACACAGGUGUGGCUAAAGCCAUCAAUAGGUGUGGUAUUAACGAGAGGUUCAACAACGCCACAGGCUGGUGUGACGCUGCAAGCAAUGUUCCACUUCCAAGCGGCUGCGUCAACAAUCAAACAGCCAACCGUUACCCAGGUAACUAUGUAAUCAAAUAAGGACACUAACAAUCAAACAGCCAACCGUUACCCAGGUAACUAUGUAAUCAAAUAAGGACACUAACAAUCAAACAGCCAACCGUUACCCACUUAACUGUGUAAUCAAAUAAGGACACUAACAAUCAAACAGCCAACCGUUACCCAUGUAACUAUAUAAUCAAAUAAGGACACUAACAAUCAAACAGCCAACCGUUACCCAGGUAACUGUGUAAUCAAAUAAGGCCACUAACAAUCAAACAGCUAACCGUUAUCCAGGUAACUGUGUAAUCAAAUAAUGCCACUAACAAUCAAACAGCCAACCCUUACCAAGGUAACUGUGUAAUCAAAUUAGGCCACUAACAAUCAAACAGCCAACCCUUACCCAGGUAACUGUGUAAUCAAAUUAGGCCACUAACAAUCAAACAGCCAACCCUUACCAAGGUAACUGUGUAAUCAAAUUAGGCCAAUAACAAUCAAACAGCCAACCCUUACCCAGGUAACUGUGUAAUCAAAUUAGGCCACUAACAAUCAAACAGCUAACCGUUACCCAGGUAACUGUAACGACUUGUUCAGUUUUAUGUGACAUAAAGUGAUGAGCCGGAAUUAAAUAACUUCUAUCAAGUGAGGGUUCUGAUGUUUUGAUGGAAGUCACUCCCUUCUCACCAUGGUUCUUUUUUUUUUUGAUGGGUGGGGUAUAAGUCAAUCCCAUCACACUAGGGUACCUUUAUUUUAAGUUCUAGAAAUUUAACGAGACUAUUGCUCUUAAAGAGUAAAACAUAUAUUUACAAAUAACACCAUUUUUUCUAUUCUUAUGUCAUGACAUUUUAAUCAAUCAUCCGAAACAUAGUUCAUUGCUUUUCUGUAUAUUAUUAUUAUUAUUAUUAAAGCGGUCUUAUAUAGUGCAGUAUCUCAGCCUAGGGCUAGGCGCAUAGCGCUUCAAAUAAAAAUUAGCAGUUACGGAAAAUUAUAAUUUAAAAACAGCUUUGAAAAACUAUUGACCCCAUCCACACAAGUACUUUCUACCCCUGUCUAGCCAUGGACAGCACCCACACAAGUACUUUCUACCCCUGUCUAGCCAUGGAUGGCACCCACACAAGUACUUUCUACCCCUGUCUAGCCAUGGACGGCACCCACACAAGUACUUUCUACCCCUGUCUAGCCAUGGACGGCACCCACACAAGUACUUUCUACCCCUGUCUAGCCAUGGACGGCACCCAUACAAGUACUUUCUACCCCUGUCUAGCCAGGGGCGGCUCCCAGCAGCAUCGAGCGUUGUUCGUCAGAAUCGGGGGGGGGGGGGGUGAAAUGAGUCAGUAUUUUAGAGCUUGAAGGGAUGUGGCUUGAGGGCAGUUUUGAAGUCUUGGAUGGUCGGUAAAUUGCGGGUGUGUAAUGGGAGAGAAUACCAUUGUUAGGUGGGGGGGGGGGGGUGUGAAAUGAGUCAGUAUUUUAGAGCUUGAAGAGAUGUGGCUUGAGGGCAGUUUUGAAGUCUUGGAUGGUCGGUAAAUUGCGGAUGUGUAAUGGGAGAGAAUACCAUUGUUAGGGGGCACGGAAAGAGAACGAUCUUUCACCGUAUGUUUUAGUGCGUGUCUUAGGAACAGAAAGAACACGAGUGUCUACGGAGGAACGAAGCUUUCGAAGGGGUGAAUAGACAGAAAGAAGUUCAGUAAGAUAGGAAAAAAGGGGGGGGGGUGAAACCAGAGAUAAAGUUGUGACAGAGAACAGACAGCUUGUAAUCAAUGCCUGCCUGUAAAGGGAGCACAUGGAGUGAGUAAGGUAGUAGAGUGACGUGAUCACGUUUCUUUGCCUUCAGAACUAACUUAGCUGCUUAAUUUUGAACUUUUUGCAGUUUAAAAAAAAAUGUUUUGGUGAACCUGACAGAAGAGAGUUACAAUAGUCAAGACGAGAGAGGACAAGAGCACUGACUAGUGUUUUGGUUGCGUUAACUGUGAGGUAGUGGCGGAUGGAGCUGUUCUGACGGAUAGCGGUGUACGCAAAGCGAAAGAUGUGAGAAACAUGAUUAUUAAGAGACAUGUUAUCAUAAAGAAUGUAACCAAGAAUUCCUAGCAGAGGAUGUGAACUGUAUGUCGGAGCUACCUACUUGAAACGAAGUAGGGAGAGCUGAGUUAGAGGAUGAUUCAUGAUUGUAAAUGAGGAGUGCUUCCGUAUUGUCAUCGUUCAGCUUCACUAGCUGAAAAUCAUCCAUGACUUGACGUCACCAAUGCCCUCCUGCGUGGUGUGGAUUACGGGAUCGACAAGAGACGGAUGGGUGUGCUUUUAUAGUUGCGUGUCACCUGAGAAUGACUGGCUCUCGACAGCAUUCCCCAUGCAGGAGGAGAAGUGGCCUGGUAUUCAUUGUGAACAGGACCGGACCCAAAAGGGGCCUCUGAGGCACUGCGUACACCUAGUCAGCAAUACCGGAGAGACAGCCAUCAACAGCAACCGCCAGCAACCGCCAGCAACCAACAAACUGAACCGAAAAUUCCAAAGUAAUUUUCAAGGGUUUUGAAAGGGGUUUAAUGGUCACCAGUGUCCAAGGCCGCACUGAGAUCUAAGAGGAUCAGGAUGGAGACGUCACCUCUGUCCAAAGCAAGCAAGAGGUAACUCGCUAUCAAGAGAGCUGUCUCUGUGCUGUGAAAAGAUCUUAUAGGCCGACUGAUUAGGAAUGAGAAGAGAGUGGUCAUUCAAGUUUGCACAACUAUGAAACGAAUAUAAAGCUACAAUAAAUUCUAAAAUUGACUAAAAGAUAUGUUUGAACUUUUAAUUAAAAUGAAGCAAAAGAUUUUUUACUUCAAUUGACUUAUUUAUCAAUUUAUAAAUGUAUCCACUUGAUCAAGUGUAUCACAUCUUUUUUAGCGUCAGUUCACACGAUCAAAUUAGCUUCAAAUUUCGCUUCAAAUUAGUGUACGAACGUACUAUUUUGUGCGUGGUUUCUUGGUUUUUUUUGGACAAAGAUGGGAAUUUGAUCAAGUAGUAAUUUGCAAGGUGUGACAAGGCUUCAUACAAGAAUCGCAUCAAAUGCAUAAUCGAAAAUUCGCUCGUGUGAACUGACGCUAUAGGUAUUAUGCUUGGGCAUUUAGUGAUAUUAACUUACUUCUUUUACUCAACUUUUCUGUGUGCUUCGGGUGGGCGUAGUAAAGUGAUAACAUUAGUUAAAUGUCUGGUUUAAGGUAAAUCAAUACUUUCUUAAAUGAGGCUUAAUAUUUCUUUGCUAAACAACCACACUGCUCCCUUAGAUAGUUCCAGCGCCCCUCAACUCUCUUGAGAAUUUUACAGCCUCCCCCCCCCCCCCGCCUCCCCCCCCCCCCUUUAACCCGGACAGCUUGGUGCUGCCCAAUUUGAGAGUUACUGUUCUGAAUAAUUUGUUGCAAAUGUAUUUUUAGUUUCCUGUUUGGAGCAAGGAGCCACUUACGUGGCCAUGAAUUCCACCUGCAAGAAAUACACCCUUUGUAUGCCUGGAGGAUAUAACUACACAAUGACUUGCCCCCUGUAAGUUGAACUAAUCAAAGAUAGUCAAAUUUUGAGGAAAAGUGUUCAUAAAUAAAAGCUGAAGGGGGCGACCGUCAAUGUACGCCACUAAAAAGACAUACUUAUGGUUAAUAUGUUAUUAACUAUGCUUGAAUAAGCUCACCAUAGGUUCCGAUGCAAAUAAUGUCAAGUUCUAAAUGUGUGUUACACAACGUGCGUUUAUUAAGCCAACUUUUGUACUUUGAAUAUGAAGUCAGGGGUCUCUUGUUCUGAAUGCAACCUUAGACCCCCACCACACUUCCUCUGAGAAGACAGAGGUUAUAUAUAUGAGAGUAUAGAUUUGGUAAUCUUCUCCUGUUUAAAAGAAAACUCCCCCAACAAUAAGCUUAACCGUGAUUUUAAGCAAAAUAAAUACGGAUGUUUAGUACGUAAAGUAGAUUCACGUGAGAAAUGUGAAAAUACUAUAGAUAAUCCGUUAAAAAUGACGUGGACAAAAAUCAUCACAAACUUGUGCAAAGUAGAAACAAGUGGAAGCUAAAGGGAAGCUUUCAUAUCUAAAAAAAAUUAAUAUCUAUUAUCUCCUUAUAAGUAUCUUCUUCAUUUCAAUCUGAAAUGGUUAGAGUUUUGAUAAGCUCAAAUCUAAAAUAUUUAGUUCAUGCGAACAGCCGUCAUUUUUUAAGGAUAAUAUAUCUUAAAUAAAGUUUAGUCUGCAUGUCUGGAACAUUUUAGAUCAAAGCUUAUCAAAACACAUUUUUUCCUACAAACUUAGUGACAAAUUUUACUAUUACCCGUGAAAAAUGAUUUCGUAAACUCAGAAUGAUGAUAUGAGAAAAGAAUAAUAAUUUAUUCUCUAAAAAAAGAAAGAAAAAAAAGGAAUUCUUAUGGAGAUGAAAUAUUGCAGAUUUAAAACUAUUCUUAUAAUCUAUUGAAAAAUAAAGAAUACAAUUAUUUAUCCUCUAGCCUCCAAUCUUUUCAAGUGCAAAUCAUUAAUCAUUAAAUCUUUAAUCGAUUAUUAUUACUGUAUUAUGUUUUCGCUCGUUUCUUUGCCCAGACCAUCCUACUUCGUUCCUGCAAAAGAAAGGUGCAUCUACGCCUUUGCCCCUUUCCUUGAUGACAUCCCACCAGAGACCUUCGCCGAUUGUCAGGCUAAAGAUGCAUACACAGUGAGUUUGGCUUAGCUUUUAAUAUUAUGUCCACACAAAAAAAAACCAGUUGUCCACAUCGACAAGCAGACAAACAUGGCAGCACUGUCUUUCAGUUUCUAUCAGGGAAAUCGUGCAAUCGUUUUGAGGAUUCUCGGACAUGAAGCACGUGAAGGUGGCCACCGAACAUGAAACACGUAAAGGUGGCCACCGAACAUGAAACACGUAAAGGUGGCCACCGAACAUGAAACACGUAAAGGUGGCCACUGAAGAUGAAACACGUAAAGGUGGCCACUGAAGAUGAAACACGUAAAGGUGGCCACUGAACAUGAAACACGUAAAGGUGGCCACUGAACAUGAAACACGUAAAGGUGGCCACCGAACAUGAAACACGUAAAGCUGGCCAAGACAGUCCAGGGCAAUGGUCGCCUCCCCGUCGGUCCAGGUAACAUAUAAUGGCCACACCCAUGUUGCUUUUUUUUUUUGCUGGCAUCCGCCCUACAUGGGCUGUAGCGCCACUGAUGAUGAUGAUGAUGUUAACAUCUAAACAGAUGUAUAGGAACAUUUUUUUUUAGAAGGGGAGACACUUCAAAGGCUGUCUCUUGCUGGAAGGGGUGUUGGCACAAAACAGCUUUUAAAGCAUUGAAAGGAGUUGAAUAGAAUCUCCGACUCAUUAUAUCGAUACCUAGUAAAACAUAUAGAAAUCGUUUUCAAACAAUUUGUUUACAAAGCCAUGCAUUAAAAUCAAUAAGAUUUAGAGUCUGCUCUACACUUUCAUUUGAACAAAAUCCUUGAACACUCAAGGGACAAAUAUGUGACACUACAUGUGAAAAAUAUGUGUCAAACAUGCGACACUACAUGCGACACUAGAUGUGACACUAUAUGUGACACUACAUGUGACACUACAUGUGACACUACAUGUGACACUACAUGUGACACUAAAUGAGCACAUUUUCCUUACACUAUAAUUAAUCUUGCUAUUUGAUUUCUUCUUUCAGGCGGAGCAACUCAGGUCAGGAAGGCGGUAAAAUUGAUCCACCAACAUCAAUAGAAUGUUCUACAAAAUCAAUAUAAUGUUCUACCAACAUCAAUAAAAUAUUCUACCAAAUCAAUAUAAUGUUAUAAGAACACCAAGAGAAUGUUCUACCAACACCAAUAAAAUGUUUUACUAGCGAUAACAAUGAACCAAAUCAUCCACGUAACAGUUGCCAUAACAUUUGGAGACUUUCCUACAGAAUUCUGAAGAAAAAAGAAACUGGUAUACUUGACUUACGUUGAAUCUUGAACAUUUACACCUAUAACACAACUGUACAGUAACGAGCGCCUCCUUGAACAAAUAAAAUGUAUGCUUCAUGCC